UGACGCGCCGCGGAUCGACCUUUUGCGCUAGAGUAGCAUACGAGUCGCGCCGCUCUACUCACAGACAGGAGAUGGGGAAAGACCCUGGUGCGGAAAACCGUGUGGAUUCACAACAUACUUGUUGAUCUUCUCCAUUAAAAUAGCGGGCGUCAUGGUAGGCGGACUAAAUCAGUGUAUAGGAGGAUCCUUAUCUAACCAUAAGGCGGAUCCAGAGUGCCACGGAGGCAACACCGUUUGAGACGGAAUGGGUCAGAAACCGUGCCCGAGAGUAGGCUAAUAAACCUAAUUACGUUUCCUCCUUUUUCCUCUGAUAUUUAUUUCAUGUUUUCAUCUCUGCCUCUCGCUACCGUCUGACGAGCCAACCUAAAGUUAAGAUUCAAGGAUGAAGGUAAACAAGCACAAAUGUGGACCGUAACAUUUCCCCGUCCGGAUCUUGCCUGUUGGACCAAUUGGAACUCGGUGGAACUCUCGUCAGUUCAAAAUGGAGAAAUCCUCAACGGGAUUGAAUAAGAAUGGCUCGCGAUCGACUGCAUCGCUACCCCCGGAACCGGCACACAUAAUCCACAGCAAGUCAUGUUACCGCCGGGUAAGGCUCAACGUUGGGGGGCUUCCACAUGAGGUCCUCUGGCGAACGUUGGAUAGGUUACCACGCACCCGAUUAGGGAAACUACGAGACUGCAACACCCACGACUCGCUCAUGGAGGUAUGUGACGAUUACAACUUGGACGAGAACGAGUACUUUUUCGACCGGCACCCAGGGGCGUUCACGUCCAUUCUGAACUUCUAUCGGACCGGUAAGCUCCACAUGAUGGAGGAGAUGUGCGCCCUGUCGUUCAGUCAGGAGCUGGACUACUGGGGUAUAGAUGAGAUCUACCUGGAGUCCUGUUGCCAGGCCAGGUACCACCAGAAGAAAGAACAGAUGAACGAGGAGCUCAAAAGAGAACAAGACACCUUGAACGACAGAGAGGGAGAAGAGUUCGACAACACGUGUUGUGCCGAGAAACGAAAGAAACUCUGGGACCUUUUGGAAAAGCCCAGUUCGUCUGUCGCAGCCAAGAUCCUAGCCAUCAUCUCCAUCCUGUUCAUCGUCCUUUCCACCAUCGCCCUGUCCCUCAACACCCUGCCUGAGCUGCAGGACACAGACGAGCUUGGCCACGCCUCAGACAACCCCCAGCUGGCCCACGUAGAGGCCAUCUGCAUCGCAUGGUUCACUAUGGAGUACCUCCUCCGCUUCCUCUCAUCCCCCACCAAAUGGAAGUUCAUCAAAGGUCCCCUGAACGUGAUCGACCUGCUGGCCAUCCUUCCUUAUUACAUCACAAUCUUUCUGACCGAGUCCAACAAAAGUGUUCUACAGUUCCAGAACGUCCGGAGGGUGGUUCAGAUCUUCCGGAUCAUGCGUAUCCUGAGAAUUCUGAAGCUGGCGCGUCACUCCACAGGGCUACAGUCUCUAGGUUUCACCCUGAAGAGGAGUUACAACGAGCUGGGUCUACUCAUACUCUUCCUGGCCAUGGGCAUCAUGAUCUUCUCCAGCCUCGUCUUCUUUGCCGAGAAGGACGAGGAUGACACCAAGUUCAAAAGCAUCCCUGCCUCCUUCUGGUGGGCCACUAUUACUAUGACCACGGUUGGUUACGGGGACAUUUACCCUAAGACUUUGCUUGGGAAGAUUGUGGGGGGUCUGUGUUGCAUUGCAGGGGUGUUGGUGAUAGCCCUGCCCAUCCCCAUCAUCGUCAACAACUUCUCAGAGUUCUACAAGGAGCAGAAGCGUCAGGAGAAAGCUGUGAAGCGGCGUGAGGCGCUGGAGAGGGCGAAACGCAAUGGGAGCAUUGUCUCCAUGAACAUGAAGGAGGCGUUUGCCCGCAGCGCCCAGCUGAUGAACGUGGUGGUGGAGAAGAGCGAGAGGCUGCUGACGCAAGACAACCACCUCUCGCCCAGCCACUGGAAGUGGACACCCAAGCGGGCUGCCUCCGCCUCCGAGACCAGCUCGGCCCACUCCUUCAACCCCGUGGAGUCCCAGACGGGUUCCCCCAGUAAGGCCAGGGCCUCCAGUCCUCAGGGGCUCAACGCUCAGAAGCUGGAGGAGAUGUAUUACCAGAUGGCCAAGACCCAGUCACAGCCCAACCUCAACGCCAAAGACAACAGCUCCAGGGCUGGCAGACAGAGGGAUGAGAUAGAGCUGAGGGCCAUCCCUGGGGGUCCAGGGGACCCUAUGCUAGGGGGUCGAGAGGGGGUGGGGGACAUGAAGAGCCUGUCUAGUAUUGACAGCUACAUCAGCUGUGCUGCAGACUUCCAGGAGAAUCCACGUGGUGUCUACCCCCACAGUCCAGUCUCCGGCCUAGCCCUCCUUGCCCAGGAGACCAGCCACUUCUCCCAUAUCAGCCCAGCCAUGGCCCUCUCUGGGCGGGUCAGCACCAACCCUGGCCUCCAGACCACCCUGGAGCAUGAGCCCAUGCUCACUCCCCUUUCUGCUGCAAAAAACUCAGGCUCGGACAACACUCGCAACUUCAACAAACCUUUGAAAGAUGGCAGCCACUCCUACAAGGUGAACUACCGGAGCAGUGGAGGGGAGUCGGGGCCAGGACCAGGUCGGUCACCCAGCAGCGGUGAUCCUCUCUCAGGCAGCUCCAUCCUGUCUGACCGCUCCCUGCUCAGCCCGGAGACGUCCAUCUACACCACCGCCAGCAGCAGGACCCCACCCAAGUCUCCGGACAGCUCCACCCUGACCACGGCCCUGACCUCCACCCCGUCUGUCUUCACCUUCCACGACUCCUCCAUCAGUAAGUACAUUGACGCCGAUACGGAUGAUGACGAGCACCUGCGGGACAUGUCUGACGCCACCAGCCCCUCGGAGUGCCUGCUGACUGGCUCCAGUGCCCCUAAACGCAGCAGGAACAUCAACAGCGGCUACAACCAGAGAGGCAUCAACCACCUGGCAUCAAGCACCACCCAGCGAAUGCUGGGGCAGAACUGCCUGUUCCCCGGCCUGGAUGGGGGGACGCGGGGGAGUGGGGGCCACAUGGAGAACCAUGUGGUGCCGGAGCUGCCCCGCAGGCCCAAAGGGGACAGAGGAAAGUCUAGUACCAUGGAUGAGAGCCUCUGAGCUGCAGAGGGACAUCCAGGGACAUGCAGAGAGACAUGGACAAGCUGCUGUGAGGAAGGCGAGAAAGAGAAAGUGAUAGAGAGAGAGAGAAAGAAAGAAUGAAAGAGAAGGAAAGAAAGAGAGACACUGUGCCGAGUCCCUUUACAAACUAACAGAAAGGGCCAGGAAAUGAGAGAGAUUCAGGGCAGAGUUUGGGCUGUGGUGUGGUGUUGAAUACUCUGGGAAAAGAUUGAGAACACCACUCUCCCUCCUCUCCCCCCUUCCUCCCUCCCUUUUAGCCACAGUACACUAGCUACCACAGAACUGGGCAGAGCACUCCCAGGGACCCAACUGAGCAGGGGCCCCACAGGGAGACGUGGUAGUAGGUCAAAGGUCAAAGCAGAGCAUGCUGGGAAGGGAAAUGGUCUGUUGGUUGGUUGGGGCUCUGGUGUAGGGGGAAAGAGGUGAGGCAGAAUGGAUGAGGGGGGAAACCGGGAGGCGGGGAACAGCAAGGAGAGAUUAAUGUUGUGAGCAUAGGGAUAGAAAGACAGUCAUAUUCUCCUACAGGUCUAUCUAUCUCAGCUGACCACUGUCCCAUUCCACCCUGAGCCCCAGCCCAGCUCACACUGUAGUACGGAUUCCAGAAGAGGAGUUAUGGUAGAUGCCAAUAAGCUACUUACUAGUGCCCCCCUAGCCCCAAACCUGGCCUUAGUCAUAUGUGAGUAUGUGUGUAUGUGUUUGAGCUUGUGUGUGUGUAUGCGUGCGUGCGUUUGAGUGAGUUUGUGUGCACAUGUUUAAAGGAUAAUUUACUAGAGCAAGGCACUUAACCCUAAUUGCUCCUGUAAGUCGCUCUGGAUAAGAGCAUCUGCUAAAUAACUAAAAUGUAAAUGUAAAUGUAUCCACAUUUUGAGAUUGUCUUACCUGAUUAAUUUAUUUUUAUAUAGAUAAAGGAGGUUACCUAUAGGAAUCUGUGAUUUACUAGUCUGUUGUGUCAUGACCAUAUCUGUUUGAGUAUUUCUGUAUGAGAUAUGUAUUCUUGUCAGACAGUUAUUGGAGGUUCAAUCCAGACUUGUUUUAGUGAAAAACCACAUUCUGUCACAAGAGUCUUGUUCUUCUUGGUACAGUUUGUUUAUCUUGUGGUGAGAGUAGAGUACCACAUCUGAUCUUCCAUUUCUGUCUGUGAAUGUGUCUUGAUUGUCUGUUGUUUUGUGUUACACUGAGUUUUAGUCAGAGGGGAAUGGUUGAAAUAAACAUUUUUGGUAUCAAAGUCAGUAAUCAUAAUCAUCCCUGAAGAUUUGUGCAUCAAGCACACAUUUAGGAGAGCUCUGCUCCAAGGCAUUCAUGUACCGAACAGGGGGUGGAGCGAGAGAGACAGAGACUGAGAGAUCCUACACGCAGUACAAGUCAUAAAUUAGUCCAGAACGCUAUCUGAACAGCACAUUAAUUAAGAAAGGGAAGUGUUACAUUUCACUUAUCCUGGAAACCUGGUUACAGGUUUGGAUUGAAUAGCAAGUCUAGUCUUAUUUGAGUGCAUUUGCAUUCAUUCACACAGACAUUCAUACACUCACACAGACAGACACAUUAAAAGGCCAGCCGAUACACAGGUCUUAUAUGGUAGACAUCUUCAAGAUAGCUCCAGCCCAGUUUCCAUAGUAACAGAUUUUGUCCUGGCAAGGCUGAUACCAGAGCUGCAUAGCUCUGCUAAUUAGGGUGGGUAGUCUGAUGGUAUCAAAAUGCAUACAUUCUUAUCCAUUUAUACAGUUUGCAAACUCUCAAACAUACUGUAGUUAGUACACAGGUAUGUACAUAGAUAAAUACACCUCAUGUAGCUACAGCCCCCCUGCAUUGUUCUGUCAUUCAGAUACAGGCAUAAUGCAACCCUAGUUUUGAAUAUAUGCAUGAUAAUGCUUUCUGAAUAAUAAACACAUCACAGUGCAUAGAUAUCACCGAAGAUGCUUAUAAAUACAAAAGACAGACCCACAACACACGUCCAUGCGUUUGUCCUUUGCUCUCUUUCUCUCACUCGCUCUGAGAAAAAGUGCAAAGGGGAGAAUGCUGCAUCUCCAGAGAGUCACAUGUAUCACUGGUGUUCCUGUCUGAGCUGGAUCCGAGCGAGUGGAGCUGAGGUGUGAACGGAAUAACAAUGACUGUGGAAGGGGCAGAACCUCUGAAAAACUGUGUGUGUGUUGAUCGUUUUUAAGAGGGAGUGCUGCUCAGCCAAGCAGAGAGCUGGUGAUUAGAGCUGUGGUUACUGCUUAGUGGAGGAAGAUGAGCUGCUUCCGGUGUGUGUGUGUGUGCGUGCGUGCAUAUGUGACGAGAUAGUUCUGAUUUAAAGAGGGUGUAUGUCGUUUUCAGCCCUACAGACUGCUCCUGUGAUCAUCAACAGUGACUAGUGUUACAGUAAUAUCUGGGGAACACCAUUUGCCUCAGAAAUACUGAGCAACGCUUUUUCACUGGCUGGAGUGUUUUUCUCUGCCUGUAGAGUGCUUCAAGGCAAUCUCUACCUUCACAAAACACUCUAGUUCACAGCCUAUUUAAUGACACUGGUUCACAGCCUAUUGAAUGCUUAGGCCUGAACAGUCACAGUGGUGUGCAUGCGUGUGUAUAUGAGAGUGUGUGCUGGUAUGGAAGUUCAUUUGCACAGAAGAGAUAAUUAGACUUCCACUAUGUUAGACAAUGUUAACAUGAAUGAUUUUAACUUUAGGGUGGACAUACAGUACAAUGUCACUGUUUUAUGUUCAUUAUGUUAACAAUGCAUUUCAAAUCCUUCUCAUCAUCCGCCCCGGAGGUCGAAUUGGCUGUCCCCUGUAGAGUGCUGGCUUCUCGUGCACGGUUCUGGUAUUGAGCAUUGUCUAACACUGAGAUAUGUGUUGCUGUCCCCUAUGUUUCACAUUACCAUACAUCAAUUUAUACUCUCACUGUAAGAAUAUAUUGUGGGAGUCAGGGACUGUUUUGUUAUGGAAACUAUCUCUUUAAAGAAUGAUGACAAUCAAUUCCUCAUGAAUAGACAUGAAAUACAUUGUAGCAUUGUGAAGAGAAGAUCCAAUGUAGGAUGGACAGACUGGCUGGAUCACAUGUCAUGGACAGACAUACAGACACAUACAGGUCAAGUAUCUACUUAUAGCCUUUAUAUAUUUUUGUUUUGGUAGGAGGGAUGAUUCUGGACAAUAUUCUGACAAGGUCAAAUGAGUUUACUACUAUACUGUGACCACUGACUGGUAUGUUUAAAAAACCAUGUUCUUCUUAAAGGGCACUUUAUACAUCAGUCCUCUCUUCCAUU